AUGAGACGCUUCGAGACAGAGGCGGGUGUGCAUCGCGUGCAGAGAGUACCGACAACUGAAAACAAAGGCAGGACGCACACCAGUGCUGUCAGCGUGGUGAUUCUGCCUUCCUAUCCGUCCAUCAUUGGGGAAGGAGACAGUGAGCUGAAUUUCGACGACCCCAAUUCCGACUACUACAUAGAUCCACAGGAAGUGAAUGUGGAGAAAAUGCGGGCAGGCGGGGCUGGUGGGCAGCACGUCAAUAAAACCGAAUCCGCAAUCCGACUGACGCAUAUCCCCACAGGAAUUGUGGUAGGCAUGCAGGAUUCACGGUCACAGCACGAGAAUCGGCGCAAGGCGUGGCAUCUCCUUAGGGCUAGGAUUGCGCAGCAACGACGUGAGGCGAGAGAGGAGGAGAUGGUGAAAUUGCGGCGGGGAGUUAUGGGUGGUGUGGCAAAGAUGGGGAGAGGGGAUAAAAUCCGCACGUACAAUUUUGGACAGAACCGAUGCACAGAUCAUCGCAGUGGGCUGACAUUGCAUAACCUUGGAAGUAUCAUGGAGGGUGGUGAUGGCCUUGAGAAGAUUAUGGAUAGUGUGAGGGGAUGGCUUGUUGAUCGGGAGGUCGAUGAUGUGUUUGCGGAGGAGCAAAUGAAAAUGGCACAGGAGGCGGCGAAAAAGCGGGCGAGGUCUUGA